AUGGGAAAUAAGAUAUCUAGCAUCACUGCAAUUGCAGGAAUUGACAGCUAUGUGAGCGAGUUGGGAGACAUAUACUAUGAGCGCAGCAUUGGGAAUGCUCGUUUCAUGAAGACCAUUAGAGGACGACACAAAGAUGGCAUGGUUGUAGUCAAAAUCUUUGUUAAGCCUGAAUUGAACAUGUCUCUUCAAAAUUAUGUGAAAAGGCUUCAAGAGGAAUAUGAUGCUCUUAUUGACGUACCCAAUGUAUUUAUGUCUCAGAGAAUACUUGAAACCGAAAGAGCAGCCUACAUGGUGCGCCAAUAUUUCUACAGCAGUCUAUAUGAUCGAAUUAGUACACGUCCUUUCUUGACUUUGAUAGAGAAGAAAUGGAUUGCUUAUCAGAUAUUAAAAGGAAUAUCAGAGGCACAUAAGAAAAACGUUUAUCAUGGAGAUAUAAAAACAGAGAAUGUAUUGGUAACCUCAUGGAAUUGGGCAUACAUCGUGGAUUUUGCAUCCUUCAAACCUACAUAUCUUCCAGAAGACAACCCUGCCGAUUUUUCAUUCUUCUUUGAUAUGUCAUCUCGCCGAAGCUGUUAUAUUGCACCCGAACGAUUCUACAAGGCCGGAACUGCUAUUGAUCAAAAAAUGAAAAAUGUGGAUUUUGAAGAUAAUGUUAGUGAACUAACACCUGAAAUGGACAUUUUUUCUGUUGGUUGUGUCAUUGCAGAGCUCUUUCUUGAAGGCACUUCCAUAUUUUCACUAUCACAACUAUUCAAAUAUCGAAGCGGAGAAUACAAACCAGAUUCGAAUCUUAACAAGAUCGAAGACAAACAUAUAAGGGACAUGAUACGCCAUAUGAUUCAGAUAGACCCAACAAAACGAUACUCAGCCAAACAGUACUUACAAAAAUGGCGUGGAAAGGCAUUCCCGAAAUAUUUCGACACAUUUCUUCACGAAUAUAUCAACUCUGUAACAGAAAAUAAUGGCAGCAUAUCUAUUCAACAACAUUCAGGCAUUGAUACGUUAUCGUCUCUUACACAAGCACUCCCAGGAACUAUCGCAAGCAGUAAACGAAAGACUGACGCAGACGAAAAAAUCGAGCAUAUCCACAAUGAUUUCGACAAAAUCACUUACAACGUAUCCUUCAAAAGUGAACCUGAUGAGAAUCUAUCAGACCCAUACACUAAACGUUUAUCAGGGUCAUCAGAUAGCAGUAACUCAUCUGAUGAAGAGCCAAGAUUUGUUGGACUACGUCGCCGAACGAUAUCAGAUUUGGCAAGCACAACUGCAUCAGCCAUAAUUUUACCUCCUACGCUUAACAUACCUAAUUAUGAGCCCAGUAAUACAUCUGCCAUUAAACCCAAUAAUUCAAACAAAACAGAAGAGCAUGGUUAUUUGAUCCUACUUUCUUUUGUCUGUUCUCUUAUUCGAAACACUUCAUAUCCCAGCUCAAAGUUGAAAGCUCUCGAUAUUCUUCUUGCUCUAGGAGAGAAUCUUCCGGAUGAUGUCAAACUGGAUAGGCUAGUACCUUAUCUGAUGGUUCUUUUGUCGGAUGAAACUGCUCUUGUCCGUGCAAAUGCUAUAAAGACCCUUACACAAGUACUGUGUAUGGUAGAGUCUAUUUCACCAAUCAAUGCACGAAUUUUUCCAGAAUAUAUUCUGCCAAGUGUCAGAGAGUUUGCAACAGACCCAGAUGUACUUGUUAGAACAACGUAUGCAAGCUGUAUAGCUCUUUUGGCAGAGACUGCUCUUCGUUUUCUCGAGAUGACACAACUCUUAAAGAAUGAUAGCGCGUUUCCUCUAACAGAUAUGGACACAGAAGACCUGGAUUUUGAGUCUGCUUAUGACUCUUCAUUGAACGAUCUUCAUUCUGUUAUUCAAGAACAAGUAACAGUGCUUCUGAUCGAUAACGAGAGCUCUGUUAAACGGGCUUUGUUGACAAACAUUACUUGCUUGUGUGGAUUCUUUGGAAGGCAAAAAACAAAUGAUGUAUUGUUAAGUCACAUGAUUACUUACCUCAAUGAUAAGGACUGGAUGCUCAGAAGCGCAUUUUUUGAAAGUAUCAAGGGUGUUGGAACUUUUGUCGGCUCUCGAAGCCUUGAAGAAUAUAUAUUGCCUCUGAUGAUACAAGCACUCACAGAUGCCGAAGAAUUUGUGGUUGAGAGUGUAUUGAACUCCUUGACAAGUCUAUCAGAUUUGGAUCUUUUUGAGAAGAUGAAAUCAUGGGAAUUAGUGGGUAUAAUCGCACCUCUUAUCUGUCACCCGAGUGUUUGGAUUCAAUACGGUGCAAUUGGAUUUAUUUCUUCUACUGCAAAGCAUCUUCCGCAAACUGACCUGUGGUGCAUAAUAUACCCUCUUUUAAAACCGUUUUUACGAUCUGAUAUUUCUGAAGUCAACGAAACCUGCUUACUACAAAACAUAAAGACACCUCUUCCAAGGCAAGUAUAUGAGCAAGCAAUCAUAUGGGCAAACAAGGCAUCCAUACGCUCACUUUUCUGGAAACCACAACAAGACAAGAGAAACCAAUCGGGAUCAUCGUCAAAGUCAACUAUAGUUGGACCAGCAAUGAAAAUACGACAAGGAUCUUUAUUCUCUAGUUCUCUAUCAGAAGAUCAAAUACAGAAAUCUGAAGAGGAUGAAAUGUUCAUUGAACGUCUUCGCAAAGUUGGUAUGUCUGUCGAAGAUGAGAGAAGGCUGGGAUACAUGCGUGAUUACAUUUACAAGGUGUCUCAAUCUAAGCUAAGUCGGCCAAAGGCAUCGGAUGAUCUUGUCAGAGACAACGGAGAAAUUUUCUUGAAAAACCUUGGAGUUACACCUAUGACAGUAUUUCUGCCUGAUCUAUCACAAGAAGCUCAUGUAUGGAAUGUGAAAUCUUACAAAACAAUAUUGAAAGCAGAACCUGAAAGGGAGACUUUGCCUAGCAAACUAUCUAUUCCACAACAUAUCAAAGAAGAUGACUGUAAACUCAAUCGGGUUGCAAGUCAGCCUCAUGUACAAGCCUUACUGUACAAUUCACAAGGAAAUGACUCUGAUAAUGAUAAUAAGCAAUCCUUUUCUCCAAUACCAAGCCCUACUGAAUAUAACUUUGGAAUGGAUAUACAUAAUACAAAUGCUAAUCGCAAAAAAGGUUCAAAAAACAAAAAGAAAUACGUGGAAGACACCGAGAGUGCAAACACCGUAUCUAUUGGUGCUUCAGAUGGAGUUGAGCUGAGACCAGUUAUAACUACGAAGAAUAAAUCUGAUCCUGAUCUCGAAAAUGUACAUGGCAUUGUAAGGACCUCCGCUAACACCUUAUCUAGAGGAUCAUCAGUCGGAUAUGGUCACCUCCAGGGAUUACUUCAUAGUGUAGCCAUGGAUGCAUUUUCGCCUCAUAUUCCAGAGUUUAUCGGAGAUCCAGCGGUAAUGAAGCGUAUGCGACGCCUUCCUCAAGGAACUUCUCCUUUCAGAACAAUUAGCAACUGGAAACCUGAAGGCACACUUGUGGCUCAUUUCACAGAACAUACUGCUGCAAUUAACCAAUUAGCAAUAUCAUGGGACAAUUUGCUCUUUGCUUCGUGCUCAGAUGACGGAUCAGUAAAGAUCUGGGACUGUUCCCGCCUAGAGAGGAAUCAAACAUAUUGCAUUGCCGCUGCUUCUGAUAACGGUAGCGUUAACGUGUUUAGGGUGGAUAUUCGUAACGCUGCCUCGGGUUUAAAGUUUGGUAAAUGUAUUACGGUUCGAGAACACCAACUGGUCGAUGAGCAUGCAUUAGUGAUUAAACAUUUUACGAGCAACGCAUCUAAUGCUAUGGCUGGCUCAAAGUCAUUCCUAAUGUUCGCAACGACCAAGGGAAAUAUUUAUGCGAUGGACUUGCUGACUAUGGAGAUUGUGUGGAAACUACAGAACCCCAAAAGUCAUGGUGUCAUAACAUCCAUGGUGACAGAUCGCCUUCACACCUGGUUGUUGGUUGGUACAGUUAGAGGCAUAUUGACUCUCUAUGACCUUCGAUUCCAGAUUCCAUUGCGUUCGUGGUUACAUCCCAGCAAGAGCAGGAUCAGUACAAUGAUGUUAAAUCAUGAUCCUAAAGCAGAGAGUAAACAAGUUAUUAUUGCGGCCGGUCGCAACGAAGUGUCUGUGUGGGACAUUGUGGAUUUGCGAUGUGUCGAAGUAUUUGCUGUAAAAUCUGGGGAUGAAAAGACGGCAGGCGUCGUUAUGGAAGCUUACAAGGCAAGGAAUAUAAAUUCAGCUCAACAUACUCAUUUUCCACCUUAUUUUGCACUUGAAGUACCCUCAGAUGCUGAAAUCAUGUCUCAAGCAUUUACAAGCAAUGAAGCAAACCUUGCCGAAAAUUCUAUCAGAGCAGUUGCAUCCCCAUCAGAUUGUAGGUUUAUCAUUACUGGUGGAUCAGAUCGAAAGUUGCGGUUCUGGGAUAUUCCUCGUGUAGAGAAUUCAUGUGUAAUUUUGGGACUUGAAAUGGAAGAGCCCAAACCUCGAUAUAGUGUAAACACUCAUGAAUCGAUAAAAUUCCACUAUGAAUUUACACAUGUUCAACGUAACAACCAUGGAUCGUCAGCAUCACUCGGCGCACGGACAGGAUUCAGUACUACCGGACAAACAGGUGGUAAUAGUGCAGUUAUUCAACAGCAUCAUUUGAUGCGCAAUCAUACAGAUGCGAUUACAGAUGUUAUUUUGACAGAGGUGCCUUAUCCAAUGGUGAUAAGUGGUGAUAGAGAUGGUCUUAACAUUGCGAACCCAGCCACCGGCUGCCAGAAGCUUAUUGAAAUCGAUGAUGAGCGUCGUCUCCGUGGUUUCUACGACAAGCGUAUGUCCCAGGAAGUCUCUGGUGAUGCUCUCGGUGACGAGUUCAAGGGUUACGUUUUCCGUAUCUCCGGUGGUAACGAUAAGCAGGGUUUCCCCAUGAAGCAGGGUGUCCUCCUCCCUUACCGUGUCCGUCUCCUCUUGAGCAAGGGUCACUCUUGCUACCGUCCUCGCCGCACUGGUGAGCGCAAGAGAAAGUCUGUUCGUGGUUGCAUCGUUGGCUCCGACCUUGCCGUUCUCUCUCUCGUUGUUGUCAAGCAGGGUGAGCAGGACAUUCCCGGUCUUACCGAUGUCACUGUCCCCAAGCGUCUUGGUCCCAAGCGUGCCUCCAAGAUCCGCAAGUUCUUCAACUUGAGCAAGGAGGAUGAUGUCCGCAAGUAUGUCAUUCGUCGUGAGGUCCAGCCCAAGAACGCCGAGAAGAAGUCUUACACCAAGGCCCCUAAGAUCCAGCGUCUUGUCACCCCUCUUACUCUCCAGCGCAAGAGACACAGAACCGCUAUCAAGCGCAGAAGAGCAGAGUCUUCUCGCGAGGCCGAGGCCGAGUACAAGCAAUUGUUGGCCAAGCGCGUCAAGGAGACCAAGGAUCGCAAGAUCGCCAGACGCAGAACAUCUUCCAUCCAGAAGUCCGCCUCUGCUUAAGUCCAUCCAAAAUCAAGGGGAUUAUAAUGGGCCGCAAUGGGUUUAUUUUUAUAGCUCACUUUUAUUAUGGAAUAAACAUCUAUACAUACGCUUUUGUCCAUCUU